UUUGAUGUCUCAGCGUUCUCACGUUUGAGCUUUAAUGUUGCCCUUCCUGUGCCUUGAUGUUCCAAUGGAAGGUCUUUGAUUCCACGCUCAGGGGUUCAGAGCAGGACACAGUUGAUAUAUUCAAUAAAUGGACACGGCCUUUUACAUUGGACGCUUGUGCGAAGCAUGUUUAAGGCUGUGACCUCUUCACACUUGGACUAAGCAGUGAAUAGCCCAAAGUUAUGAACACCACUAGAAUAGGUACCAAACACUACGUUGUGUAAAUGGCCCGUCGUCCGAUUCACUCUUUCUUUCCAAUCGUAGCCUUUGAAAGGAGAAGAUUCACCAUGAGGAGACUGUGUCCGUCCUUGUCUCGUCCUGGUGACCAGCUGAGCGCCCUCUGCCCACUUCCUGCCAAAUAUAAGAUCCUGAAGGUGAUCGGGGAGGGCGGCUACGGCAUGGUGGUCAAGUGUCUGGACAAGGGGAGCAAAGAGGUCGUGGCCAUCAAAGUCGGGGCGGACCAGGCGUGUAUGGCCAACGAGGCCAUGGUGCUCAACAUGUUGAUGGAGUGCAGAUUAGACACCAGCAACAUCGUCAAGUUCUACGGCGCCUUCAACGACAACAAAUACAUGGUGUUUGAGAAGCUAGACAUCAACCUGCAGCAGCAUCUCUUCAAAAGAAAGGGCCCCGUCAGUCUGCAGGAGGUCAGGACUAUCAUCCAGCAGCUAGCCUCCGGGCUGAACACUCUGAAGGAGGUCGGCGUGAUCCACACGGAUGUGAAGCCAAACAACAUCAUGCUCGUGGAUCGGAAGAAGGAGCCGCUGAAGGUGAAGCUGAUUGACUUUGGCCUGGCGGUGGUCACGCCACAGGCGGAGGCCAAACACAUCACACAGGUUUUGUAUUACAGAUGCCCAGAAGUCAUAUUUGGACUCCCGUGUUCAGAGGCCAUUGACAUGUGGUCGCUGGGCUGCGUGAUGGCUCGCAUGAUUCUGGGGUGUGAACUGUUUCCAGGGUGCAGUGACCAUGAGCUGCUGCGUUACAUGUACGACAUCCUCGGUCCACCACCGGACCAGGUCAUGCAUAUCGGGAAAAAAACCACUAAAUAUUGCAAAAGGACGACGGAUCACUGGUUUCUUAAGACAAUUGAAGACUAUUUCGGAAAAGAGGAUGAAGUCACUGAAAAGAGGCAAUAUAGUUUUCGUUCUCUGGAUGAGUUAAAAAGUCUGUAUAAGAAGGAAUACAUAAAGGCAGAAGCAGAAGAAUGGCACGCAUGUAUAGACCUGUUGAUGGCAAUGCUCAACUGGGACGAUGAGGAGAGAAUAAGCCCUGCAGAGGUCCUCAUUCAUCCGUUCAUCACCAUGAACUACGGCGACAUAAGCCAGGGCGGCAGCAGCACCUUCAGUGCACUGAGGCAGCUCAGGGGGAAGAAGAAGAAAGCCAGAAAGAUAUUGUUCAUCACAGCGCCUGUCAAGACAUUCAGCAUCACCGCAGCAGUGAGAGAAAGACGACGGAAAAGACAAACAUAAGUUUUCCUCCAGAGGAAGGUGCUGAUUGUUGGUUCCAGUGUUGUGGAAGGAUUGUUUAAGUCUGUGAGCAUCCACAGGGAAGACAACUCUAGAAGGCAUUGAAGGACACUUGUCUGUGGACCAGGAGGAAGAUUACGCACUGGUGGAAGAUUCCACGAUCAGUCUGUUCCUGAGAACUAGCUUUGGAAAUGACACAAGUUCUCCAAGUCAUUUUUGUUUCAAACCUCUCCUGGAAGGCAAGAUUGUGACUUAAGCCUUUGUCAGCAGUGGUUUGACUUGAAGGAAGGAAUCUUUGUCAAAACCUACGCCUCAUUCUGGGCAAGAAUAAUUGGUUCUAUCUGGUGAAUUAAUCCUGAAUAAAAUGUUUUAGUCCAUUCUGUGG